CCGACCCCAGGCCCGGACCCCGACCCCAGGCCCCGCACCGUAUCCGUCCAGUGGCCCAGCGUCCUGGCGCCGGGUGUCCAGCGGGGAGAUGGGGGACUGGACCCCGAUGAGAUGGGUUUGUUGUUCGUGCUGCGACGGCGAGGAGACCGAGGAGAAGAUUCCCAUCAUCAGCAACGAGACGUUGAUGUACUUUGCCAACGAGGCGCAGCGGCGGAGCUCGGAACUUCCCAACAUGUGGAGCGAAAUACGCGCGGUCUCCCUCCAGGAACGGGACGACGAGGAAGUUCGAAACUUGCUCCAUAGACGCGCCAAGACCAGGAGAGGAUCGCAGGGUUACCGGCGGCUGAGCCUCGACAUCCAGUCGGCGCUGCAGGAACGCGAGGACGUGUUGGACAAGUGGAAGUUCAUUCUAGAAAGCCUGGGGUUCGGGGCCGAGGCGGUCGCGAUGUUGACGGUCACAACCAGUUCCUCGUACAGUAGCCUGCGUAACACUCUAGAGGCCGAGCGGCUCCUCGACAUCCUCGCCCAGGAGAGCAACAUCUUCGACAAAAGGAUGCCGGCCGAGCGAUACAUCUACGUCCUG